AUGAAACUUCUAGUGUUUACCGCAACGCUUCUGGUGGCGAUUGUGAAUGCGGGACGGUACGGACCUAAUUACUUUUAUCAUCCACCGCCGGAAAAUCCCAAUGAUUCGGUUACUAAAGAAGGGAUAGCACUGCUCUUGCCACUGCUUUUGGAUCCUAGAUACCAGGGACUUCUUGAUGACUUCUUUUCCGCGUCUGAGACAAAUGCAAGUUUUCGAAUUUGUCUGAUUUACUUCAUUUUAGCCUCAACCGCCUUCAUCGUCAUCGGAAAGCUCCUCAUCUUCAUCUUCAUCUUCAUCAUCGGAAAGCUCCGUGAGUUUUAA